AUGGCUGACGCCAAUAAGCCUGCCGUUUUGAUCAUUGGGGGUCUCGGUUUUAUCGGUCGCCAUCUUGCUCUCCACAUCCACGAGAACAAGUUGGCUUCGGAAGUUCGCUUAGUCGACAAGGUUCUCCCACAGUUGGCCUGGCUAGCCCCCGAAUUCGAAGAGGCAUGCUCCAAGGAAAAGUUCGUGCAAGCGGACGCCAGCCGCGAACAGCACCUACCACGUAUCUUUGAUCGAUCCAACGGCGAACAAUUCGACUAUGUGAUCAACUGCAAGGAAAUCGCCAAGCGAGGCAUCAAAUCCUACGUCGAGUGCUCGACCGCUCACGUCUACAAGAGCGGAUCCUCGCCGCGCAAGGAGCUCGAUAAAUUGGUGCCGUGGCACAAGCUGGCCAAAUGGAAGCUCAAGGCCGCGGAUGAGCUGCUGAAGAUCGACGGCCUGAACUACUGUGCCCUGCGACUGCCGCACGUCUAUGGCGAAUAUAACUCCGGCUACUUCGCCAUGGCGCUGUGUCUGGCUCGCGUGCAUCUCGAAAUGGGUCAGGAUCUCGAGCUUCUCUACACCAAGGAUGUCAAGGUGAACACGUUGCACGUCAAGGAUGCUGCGAGCGCCCUGUUCCACGCUGCCGAAUGGCGGGCCGGACGAACGGCUUCUUCGGAGGGAACCCCGCAGAUGUUCAAGGACACUUCCGUUCCCUGGGCGUUUAAUGUUGUCGAUCAUAACGACACCCGGCAGGAACACGUUGCCAAUGCCCUGUCCGAGGUAUUCGGCCUCAAGGUCUCGUUCAUCGGAUCCCUCGUCUCGCAGCUGGCCAAGAUGAACCUUGAUGAUGUUGUCGACGAGAUGAACGAGGUCAGCCUGCAGGAGUGGGCUGAACUGGUGGAGAAAAGCAAGAUCGAGCGCCCGGGCCCCAUUGGUCCCUUCCUGGAGCGUGAUGUCCUCAAGGACCAGGAUAUGUCCAUUGACGGCUCACUGUUCGAGUCCACCACGGGCUGGAAGCCCAAGUAUGAGCGUUUCAACGCUGACAGUGUCCGCGCCAUGGUCGACAGCUACAAGCGCAUGGGCUGGUGGCCAUGA